CAGGAAAAAAGCCAGCGGACAGAUGCAUCAGGGUGUUUGGAGGUGGAGCAUGAGCACGGCUAUAAAACCCCUGAGAAGGAAGUCUUGGCUUCACUCUGAUGAGGAGAGAGACCGCCUCCAUCAUGUCUUACUAUGAGCAUGUCUACCUUGACUUCAACGACACAGGCUCUGGUUCUGGCUUCUGGGACGACGGAGAGAACCUGGAAGAGUCUUGCAAUGUGGAGCACGGGAUGACCGCCGAGCUUCAUCGGGUCUUCUUGCCCGUGGUAUAUGCCAUAAUCUUCGUCUUGGGCAUAACCGGGAACGGCCUGGUGGUCGUGGUGUUGGGCUGCCAGCGCAGGUCAAAGUGCAGCCUGACAGACUGGUAUCGCCUCCAUCUCUCUGCUGCCGACCUCCUCUUUGUUCUGGCUCUUCCCUUCUGGGCAGUGGAUGCAGCUUUGGAUGACUGGCGUUUUGGAGGGGCCGCUUGCAUCAGCGUGCACGUGAUCUACACCGUCAACCUGUACGGCAGCGUGCUCAUCCUGGCGUUCAUCAGUCUGGACCGCUACCUGGCAGUGGUCCGAGCAACGGGCACAAACACCGGUGGGCUGAGGCAGCUGCUGGCACACAAGGCGGUGUAUGUAGGUGCUUGGUUGCCUGCUACCCUGCUGGCUGUCCCAGAUAUGAUAUUUGCCCGGACUCAGGAAGGCGGAGAGGGCGCCAGCGUGUGCCAGCGCUUCUAUCCCGAAGAAAACGCUCCCGUCUGGGUGGCCGUCUUUCACCUUCAGCUGGUCCUGGUGGGCCUGGUGAUCCCUGGUCUGGUCCUUCUUGUGUGCUACUGCGUCAUCGUCUCCAGGCUGACCCGGCCAGGCCCGUUGGGGGGCCAGAGGCAGAAGCGGCGGGCGGUCAGGACCACGAUCGCCUUGGUUCUGUGCUUCUUCAUCUGCUGGCUCCCGUACGGAGCCGGAAUCUCCGUGGACGCGCUGCUGCGGUUGGAGGUCCUGCCCCGGUGCUGCAGGCUGGAGGCGGCUUUGGGCGUGUGGUUGUCUGUGGCGGAGCCCAUGGCGUUCGCACACUGCUGCCUAAACCCGCUGCUUUACGCGUUUCUGGGGGCCGGGUUCAAGAGCUCGGCCCGCAGGGCCCUGACUCUGAGUCGGGCCUCCAGUUUGAAGAUUUUACCCCGGAGACGCAACGGGACUUCAAUGACACCCGAGACGGAAUCCUCCAGUUUACAUUCCAGCUAAGGUCUCUCCGAGCUGCGCUGUGUUCUGUACAUAUUAUGUGAUAUAUGUAAGAAAGUUUAAAGGAAUUAUGAGAAUAAUGAGGUGCAGUCUGCUGGUCCAUGACUUCUCCUUCUCUGUAGAGUUUCACUUGUAAAUAUUUUUCAUAUACCUGUAUUUAGUGGCGCAAAAAAAGGACAUGCACCAUAUCCUUUAUGUAAAGUGAUUUCUUUCUUCCUGUAUUUUUUGUAUUUAACAGCUGUUGGUGCAUGUGUAAAUGAUGUGAUCUAUUGCACAUGCACUUUCUAUACUUCAGAAAGUGAAAUGUUGCACCCCUGUCUGUGUACAUAUUGUAGCUUUGUACAUGUUUCUAAUAAAAUAUACUAAACCAA